UUGUUCGAGAAGAAGGAUACAAAUAUGGAAAUAAAAAGAGAAGGAAACAUAACGAAGCGAAGAACGAGUGUAAAAUCAAAUCGAAAUUGAGUACGAGUUCUGGUUCGGGGUAUGUCGGGUAGAGUAUGAACUACGAAGACCUAGAUGGGAGAAGAAGACGAGAGAGAAUGAGUGUACUGUGACGUAAACGAUCAUCCAAACAAGUAUCAGCUGUGUGCAGUCAUUGUUCGUAUUCGUCUUGGCAGUAACACAAGAAUUCGACAUUUUUUUUUGUGUUAUUUUGUGUUUAACUAAAUUGUUGUUGCAUUUUGCAGUUAAUGGUUUCAGAGUGCUCACUAACAACCAACACACUUACAUCCUCAUGAUAAUUAUCGCGAUAUUAUAAACAACAACAUAUAACAUCAAGUGCGUUAUACACAUACGACACAGUUACAUCCAUACCUACAUUUUUACAUAUACAUAUUAUUAUUAUUAUUAUUAUUAUUAUUAUUAUUAUAUUAUACAUGUACCUAUAUAAUAUAUCUCUAUCUAAGUACAACUUACAUAGUACAGAUACAUGUAUAGAUAUAGACAUAUAAUAUAAUAUGUGUACAUAUGUAUAUGUAUUAGUGUAUUAGAGGAGACGUCAUUGUAUGCUGAGCGUGUACACGUAAAAUUAAUCUGAAAAAAAACAAAGAAAGUGGGGGAGUUGCUGUUGCUGUAGUAGUCAAGUUCUGCUAGCGCAUGCAAUAUAUUUAAUACAACAUACAACACCAGGAACACGUAUUGUGUUUGACAAACCAUCCACCACUGCGUUAAAUAAUAAUAUUAGUUAUAAUUAUAACUUGUAAUAAUUGACAAGAAAAAAAAAUCUACGAGGAUUGAGUCAAGCUGAUUGUGAGAGUACAUAUAGAGCGAGGGCACGAGAGCGAAACGUUGGCUAUUUUUUUUCACAUCGUACGUGGUGUAAAUAAAAUUGUGGCCCGUGUAUCAGCGGCCCCACCAGCGGACGCACCACCAGGGGACAAUAAUCGUGUGAAAAACGGGGCGGUACGCGCGUAAGCCUGGCCUCGAGCGGCGAGUCGGACGACGGUGGGCUCGCUCCGCCACCGCGCAAAAGGUCCCGUAGUUCACUUACAACUACCCUAAGACCAGCGGACGAGUACCACACCAGCGCAACUAUGGACAAUUAUCGGAUGAUGCAGCAGGCGUCUAACGGGGCAGCGGUUUCCAACGUCCCGCAGCAAAAUGGAGCUAAUUUAGACAGUAGCGAGUCUCACGCAAACGGCAACGCGGUGCCUCGCUGUGACGGCGAUGUCAAUGGAGUUAAUGGUGAGAGUAAUCAAACUCUAGAACCGCCUAAAGUUAUGGACAAAACGAAUCAAGAUAUUGUAAGACUCAUUGGCCAGCAUUUGAAAGCAGUCGGACUUGACCGAACUGCUGAUUUGUUGAUGCAAGAAUCGGGAUGUCGAUUGGACCACCCGUCAGCGGCCAAGUUCCGCCAGCAUGUAAUGGACGGGGAUUGGAGCAAAGCUGACCGCGAUUUGGACGAGCUUAAGUCCUUUUUAAACAACCCGAACCAGAGUGUUGUGGAAAUGAAAUUUUUAUUGCUCGAACAAAAGUACCUGGAGUUUCUCGAAGAAGGCCUUGUUUUGGAGGCACUGCAUGUGCUUCGCAACGAAUUGACUCCUUUAGGACACAACACAGGACGUGUCCAUCAGCUGUCGGCUUUUAUGAUGUGCAGCGGGCGAGAUGAACUUCAGACACGUGCUGGCUGGGACGGCAAAGGCUCAGCAUCACGUACAGCUUUGAUGGACAGAUUACAAAGGUAUUUACCACCAUCGAUAAUGCUCCCUCCAAAGCGACUGCAGUCGCUGCUCUGCCAAGCCGUGGAGAUGCAGAAUCAGCAGUGUACCUAUCACAUUACAUCGAAUCAACCGACACUCGAGAGUGUCUCACUGCUGGUCGACCACAGCUGCAGUAAGGAACACUUUCCUUCUUACACAACCCAGGUGCUCAAUGACCACUGUGAUGAAGUAUGGUACUGUAAAUUCUCCCCGGAUGGAUUGAAACUAGCAACUGGCUCUAAAGACAUGACCCUCAUCAUUUGGGACGUCGACCCAGAGACAUUAAAAGUUACGCACAGAAAAACUCUAGAGGGUCAUACCUACGGAGUAGCUUUGAUUGCUUGGAGUCCAGACAGCAGUCACUUGAUAGCUUGCGGACCCGAGGACUGUCCGGAGCUCUGGCUUUGGAAUGUCGACACUCCAGACUGUGAAUUGAAGUUUAAGCUGACUCACAGCACCGAGGACUCGCUGACUGCGUGUGCUUGGCAUCGCGACGCCAACAAAUUUGUUACUGGAGGCCUACGCGGACAAUUUUACCAGUGUGACAUGGACGGAAAUAUUCUUGACUCGUGGGAAGGCGUCAGAGUUAAGUGUCUGUGGUGUCGCAGCGAUGGCAAGACCGUUUUAGCUGCUGACACUCAUCAUCGUAUUCGGGGAUACAAUUUCGAUGAACUUUGCGAUUUUACAAUUCUUCAAGAGGAUCAUCCAGUGAUGUCAUUCAGCGUAAACAAGGCUGAUCGGUUGGUGCUGCUAAAUGUUGCCAACCAGGGCGUACACUUAUGGGACCUGCAGGACAGAUGCCUUGUCAGACGUUUCCAAGGCGUCACUCAAGGGCAUUUUACAAUUCAUAGUUGCUUUGGUGGUGUCAAUCAGGACUUUAUCGCUUCUGGUAGUGAAGAUCAUAAAGUCUAUGUUUGGCACAUUAAACGUGAACUGCCAAUUGCUGUUUUAACUGGGCACAGUAGGACUGUUAAUUGUGUAUCAUGGAAUCCGGUGUAUCAUCAAAUGAUGGCUUCAGUAUCUGAUGAUUGCACUGUACGGAUAUGGGGACCAAGAUCAGCAUCCCCGGAUCGUCCAGACAGUACUAAAACUGCCUCGCCAGACAGUAAUUCGUCGAAUGGAAGUGGCUGGCAUGAAAUGGUGUCGUAGCGACGUACAUUAACGCAGUACUCCCAUGACCCCAUGGUGUUCAAAAGACUGUUUUGUUAACCGUCACUUACAUUGAGUACAUCUCAAAGUGUUCUUUAUCGUAAAAUACUAGCGCAAAAUAUGUGCUCACAUAUAGUGAAAAUAAAUAUUUUCAACUCGAGCGUACUCAAUCAUACAAAACCGUGGAGUUUAAUUGAUAAUAAUAAUUAUAUAUACUAUAUAUAUAAUUAUGCAAUCAAUAAUUAAUUAUAAUAAUGAUAAUAUAUUUCAAUAAAUUUAUUCGGCAUUAAUUCUCUUAUUAUGUCGUACUCCA